CUCAGGGGCAGCCCAGGACUCUCCCUCGCCCGGCUCACGGCCCUGCCUGGGGGCGCCUCCGGGAGCAGAUCGCGAGCCCUGGGGCCCAGCCCUCAGGAGCGUCUAGCUCGGCGGUCACCCCAGUGCCGGGAGGACCCUGGAGACGCGCCCCGGGCGGCCCUACUCUGAGCCUCCUCCCAAGACCCAGGAAUGCGGCGCUGUCGGGGGUGUGCGCGGUGGCCACACCCCUGGCCGGGUCCCCAAAGCGGGCCCCGCUCCCACUUCCCACCCUGGCCCCGAACCCUGGGUCCAGCCCCAGCGCUUUGUGUGCGAACACCGCUCCGCCCCGGACCCAGCUCCGCCUUGGGACCCCUCUCUGCCUGCCCCUCCGUGCCCGACUACACUGCUUCCCCUCCGGCGGGCGACUCAGCCCGGUCCAUCGCGGCGGCUUCCAGGGCGGCAGGCUCCGGGGGGACUCCGGGCGGCUCCAAGGACUGUUCCCCUCCUCCCCACGCCCACUCCGCGGCGGCGGCGGGCGAGAGCGGCGACAUAGGGCCAGGGACCGGAGCGGUGGAGGCUCCGGGCCGGGGAGCAGGUCCCCCCACCUGGCAACGCGAGGAUGGUGGCGGCGCAGUCGGCUGCUUUGGGGUCUCAAGGCACAGGGGACGCGAGGCACAGAUGUCCCUCAGCAGCCACUGCCGCUCCCGCAGCUGCUCCGCCGCCGCUGCCCGCCCCUCCCCGCUGCAGCUGGCGUGAUGGCAGCGGCAGCUCUGGACGCCCCACUGCUGCCACAUCAGCCUUGUGAAAUAGGUACUACCUUAACAAAUGAGGAAAUUGAAGCAGAGACAUGUAAUUUGCCCAAAGUUACUAAGCUACUUGAAAGAUCUAGCCAUGUGAGCAGGACAGAAGUGCACAAAAACCAUAUCUUGAUUUCUGUGGACCAGGUGGGCCCCCUGCCAGCCUUGCUAGACAGACCCAGGUGAACAGUCCUUCUAGGGGAUCUCAUCACCAGGCAAGCACGUGGUACAAGAAGAGCAGUCAUCAGGAAGGCCAUUUGGAAAAGCACAUCCUCUCUGUUCACAUGAGAUACUUUACAUCCUUAUUCCUCAUCGCAAGCUUCCUGAGAUUUGGAGUG